AUUCAAAGACUUGUUCUUAAGUUUAUUCAAUUCAUUUUCUUUUUAUAUUUUCAAUUCAAUUAUUAAUAGUUUACUAUUUCAAUUAUUAACAGUUUAUUUAAAUCAAAUCACAAUAUGGCAGGAAAUUUAGCUGAUGCAAUAACUCAACCCGUCAAUGACCAACUCAAAAAGAUAGCCGAAAAGUCCACUGGUGGAAGCGGUAGUAGUGGAAGCGCCAAUCCACCACAUAAGAUUCAAUUAUUCACCCCUGAAUAUUACGCAGCAUGUACGCUUGGAGGUAUCACUGCUUGUGGUCCAACCCACGCUGCCGUCACUCCCUUGGAUUUGGUGAAAUGUCGUCGUCAAGUGGACCCUCAUUUAUACAAAUCUAAUUUGCAAGGAUGGAAGUCAAUCUUGAAAACUAAAGGUGAUUCUAUCCUUACUGGUUUUGGUGCUACUUUUGUGGGGUACUCUUUCCAAGGGGCAGGUAAGUAUGGUUUCUACGAAUUCUUUAAGAAGACCUAUAGUGAUUUAGUUGGUCCUAAAUUUGCUAAUGACUAUAAGACUGGUGUAUAUUUAGCUGCUUCAGCAUCAGCUGAAUUCCUUGCUGAUAUUGCAUUAUGUCCUUGGGAAACAAUCAAAGUUAGAACUCAAACCACCAUUCCACCUUAUGCCAAGUCACUUACUGAAGGAUGGCUGAAAAUUGUUGCUGCUGAUGGUUACGGUGGAUUAUACAAGGGUUUAGUUCCAUUAUGGGGUAGACAAAUUCCAUAUACUAUGGUUAAGUUUGCCUCGUUUGAAAAUGUCGUGGCUGCAAUUUAUAGUUAUUGGGGAAAAUCAAGUUACACUAAUCUUGAAAAAACUGGAGUCUCAUUCCUUGCUGGUUACAUUGCUGGUAUUUUCUGUGCCAUUGUAUCUCACCCUGCUGACGUCAUGGUGUCUAAAGUUACUUCAGAAAGAAAGGCUGGAGAAGCAAUUGGUGAAACUCUUGGUAGAAUCUAUAAGCGUAUCGGAUUCGUAGGGUUAUGGAAUGGGUUACCAGUAAGAAUUGUUAUGAUUGGUACAUUAACUGGGUUCCAAUGGUUAAUCUACGACUCUUUCAAAGUGUACGUUGGUUUACCAACUACUGGUGGUCAUUAAGCUUUUAUGUUUAUUUCUUUGUAUAUGCUUUAAUAUAUAAUCCAAGAACUUUUAAUUCCAAACAUUCUUGAACAAAUCGUCGUCUAAUCCGUUGCUUGUAGUAGUUGUAGCUUUCCAUUGGUUGUUAUUGUAUGAACCUUGAGAAGAGUCCGACCAUUCGUUAUUCCAGGUUGAAUUUGCAGCAACCGGUACAGGUGGUUUCGUAUCUCUCAACGAUGUUUGGCUGAUAUUAGCUUGUGGUUGUACCUUGACAGUUGAAUUGAAUGAUAAUCCCGAUAAGGAAUUGUUUAAUGAGUUGACACUGGCAUUAUAAGGUUGGGUUCUUAAAUGAGGAGAAGGUUGAGGUGGAGGUUGUUGAAAUUGACCAACAAAGCUAGAUGAAGAUGAUGGAGAUGCAUAUAAUGAUAAAAUUGACUUCUUCAAGUCUGGUCUACCGCUUCCGGUACUACCACCAGUAGAUUGUGGUGAUUGGGUUAUUGUAGGUGGUGCUGGAGAUACAAUUGGGUUAAUUGGUUGUUUACCAUUAGUUGGAGGUUGUGGUAGAGGUUGUGAUUGUGGCUUAGGGGAAGGUGAUGAAGAAAAGUCACCAAAUUCUUCGUCUAAAAGGUUGACUGAAUUUGUAACAGCUUGCUUCUUUUGAGGCGCUGGUGCAGCAACUUCGGGUAAUUGAGCGGCACGGGGUGCUGCAUUCUCCUUCUUCACUUUCAUGGUCAAUGGAUCAGGUAUAUGGGUAGAAGCUGUCCAUUUCUUCAAUUCGUAUUUAGUUCUUAUGAAAUUCUCAAUCUUCAGAGAAUCUGGAAUAUAACCCUCAGGUAAUUUAGCUUCCCAAUAUAAAUUACACUUUUCAUUUCCCCAUUUAAUAACAUUUUCAAUUUGAUCAUCAGUCCAAGCAUCCAAAUCAACCGAUUUAACUUUUGAUAUGUGGGUCCCCAUACUUCUAUGAAUACCUGAGCAUCUAAUACAAACAAAACAACCUAAACUCCACGAUGCCCAUCUUGGAUUCUUGGAAACUUUACAAUCAGCACAUGUCUUAUUAGGUUCUUCCCUAAGAAGUUGUUUCAAUAUUUGUUUAUGUCUUUCCAGAUGCGUCUUUUUGGACGAGGGUAAGGCUGAAGCAGAUGAACGAUAACUCAUUUAUGUGAAUGAUUAAUUAGAACAAGGUCUAAAUAAACAAUAUAUUACAAUUUUCUAUAAGCUGUUUUCUCUAAUGAAGAUAUAACGCCCAAGGCACGUCGUCUUUUCUAGUAGGCUUACCUUAUGAAUCAAUAGUAU